AUGGUUCUGAUCGGAGCAGCGAUCAAAUCCGUCCUCAAAUAUCUCAAUAAGACCAGAGGGGACAGGGACAGUAAGUGGUCUGUUCACUACACUACCCAGAAGCCUCAGCAGGGUCUGGUCUUCAUCCCUGGGAAAAGACGAUCCGGCAGCGCUGAUGACCUGCGAGCGUGUAGUCGGCUGACUCAGCAUGGCUACAGCAGACCCACCAGCUCUCACCUCCACCAACCGAGCUCCGCCUCCCCUCCGUCCUCCUCUGGCCUGGACCAAUCAGAGGGCAGCACACGCAGAGGGUGGAAGGACAAAAGCAGGAAGAUGUCGUCGGCCUCCUCAGACGAAGACGAGAGGUUCAUCUUGAGCAACACACGACCUCUGACCCCGCUGGUCCUGAACCCUGUCCAACUCACCUCCUGCUGGGACGUCUUCGCCCCGGCGUACGAGCCAACCAUCGACGUGGAGAUGGAAUCGACCCCCCGGCUUCCGACGCCGGAGGAGAGGAUGAGGAAGCAGGCGGAGGCAGUUCCCGCUGAUAUCGUCCCGAUCAAUAUCACAGGUGAGAGUUUUGAUCGUCAGGCAAGUUUCCGAAGAACGGUUUCCAACGGUGACUCGUUGUCCCGGCGACCCCGAAAACUGAGCCGCCGCAAGACGGUUACCGGGAUACCGAAUGAUGUCAACCGGAAGCCGGACUCGCCUUCCGUCUCCUCCGUUCUUCCCGGUCAGUUCUCCACCGUGGGUCGACCUGCCUCCUCCUCCUGCCCCUCCACCCGCCAACAGAAGACCUCAGAGGAGGAGGAGGAGGAGGAGGAGGAGAAGCAGCUGAGUGAAAUCAGAAAGGAGGGGCAGUCGUCGGUGAGGAGGAUCCGAGCCCCAAGAGGAGAGGGGAUAUCCAGCCUCAUGGCCUCCCUCACCUCCUCCCCACGUGUCGACUCCUGUCACAACCACUCCACCUCCUCUGAGGUCAGCAGCCUCCCGCGUCUGGCAACCAACUCCUCUCUGAACUCCGAGGCCAGCUGUAACAGCGCCUCCUGCAGGACCCUCAGUGCCUCCUCGUCCUGCUGCCAGUCGCAGGAUCUACAGGGUUUCCCCAGCGACCUCCAGCCCCUGCUGCCCUUCGACCACACCGCCAGAGUCAUCCCACAGUCUCCUGUCUCCUCCUCCUCCUCCUCUCUUCCUUCCUCCCCCGUCACCCCCUCCCUUCCCAGCACCCCUAGCUGUGGCCUGCAGCCCGAGUGGUCUUACCCCAGCGACAAGCCCCUGAAUGAGGCUGCCCAACCUCACACCUCCCCCUCCUCCUCCCACUACCUCUCCUCCUCCUCAAUCGCAGACUCAGAGUCUCAGUUCAGUUACCAGGCUCUAGACGAGCAGAGCUCCGCCCAGCAGGACGCCACCUCCUCCUGCGAUGGAGGCUCCUUCAGUGGGGAGAGAUGGAGCUACGAGCUCCUCUCCCCCAGCUCCAGUGUCCACAGUGGUCAGACUGGGGGAGACUGGAACGGCAUCACCCAGGAGACGAGCUGCGACCCCCUCCUCUCCUCCGGUCGCUCCUCCCCAGCGUUCACUGACAACACCUCCCUGUGCUCAGAGAGGAUGAUGACCUCCUCCAUCUCGCUAAACCGGGAGAAAAGGAGGUCCAGCACCUCCUCCUGCUACUCUCGCACUCUCACCCGCAGCAUCUCCCUCCGUAAGUCCAAGCGCCCGCCUCCCCCACCGCUACGCUCCGACUCCCUGAGGCGCCGGCCAGGUCGGAGCAAGUCCGCCCGGUCCUCCUCCAGUCCCCGCCAGGAGCACAGUCCCCGCCUGGAGCGCGCCGCCCAGCGGACCCCCACCUCGUCUCCGCAGACCUUCCAUGACCCCUGGGUGCCCCGAAGUAACCCCAAGAGACGCCAGAGUGGGCUGAACUGUGGGACAGUCUCAACCUUUGAACCAUUAAACCUCGACCCACAGGCGGCAAACUCUGCUGACCCCCCCCCUGAGCACCUCCCGCCAAGCCCCGGCCACUCCCACCCCCCUGACUUUACCCCUGGAUCUCCAGGCUCCGAGGAGGAGGGGCUGAGAUUCACUCUCAACCCCCACCCAGCUGCCUCCUCCGUGGGGGGGCUGCAGCGCCUCGCGUCGCCCUCCAGUGGAUACUCCAGCCAGUCCAACACCCCCAUUCCUGGCACUCCCGUGUCCUCCCCCCUCACCCCCUCCUCCCCUCUCACAGCAAACCCUGAAGCCUUCUCCCUCCCCCCGACCUCCCCCUUCUCCUCUUCACACCUGCCCGCCUUCCCCCUGUCCCCUGCCGUCUCCUCCCUGCCCAGGACAAGGUCUCGGGGCGAGGGGAGGCCGAAGCCCCCGGUGCCAGAGAGGAAGUCGUCGCUCUUCUCCUCCCUCUCCUCCUCGUUUUCCUCCACCUCCUCCCUCUCCUCCUGCACUUCCUCAGAGUCCUCUGCCAAGCAUCCUCUUCUCCCUGCUCCUCCUCCUCCUCCUCCUCUACCAGAACAGCUCCAAGAAUUGCCAAUCGCUGACCUUCCUCCUCCACCUCCGCCACCUCCUCUUCCUCCUAUGACUACUCCCCCUGCCACCUCCCUACCCCCACUGAGCCCUGGUAGGUCUCCACACCGUCGUGUUAAAGUGGCCACGCCCCCUUCCCCCCUGGUCACCGCCCAAGCUUUGCAGCGCGUCAAGCUGCGCUCUAUCAAGAACCCUGAAGCCCUGCUAACUAGCAUCGUGGUGGCUAAUGCUACUUCAGCUAAUGCUACAUCAGCUAAUGCAGCUAAUGCUACAUCAGCUAACGCUACAUCAGCUAAUGCUACACUGUCAGCUGAUUCCAACCAGGAACACACUGACCGACCAAGUAAAGACGCUCAUCCAGUCGACUCUGUGUCGGCUAACGUUAGUCCUGAUGGAACUGGAUCAUAUGAUACUAUCUGUAAUGAAGCUAACAUGGCUAGUGCUUUAAUGGCUAAUGCUAACCCUCCUAGCCUAGCCAACACUGAUGCAAAGCAACCUGGAUGUAAAUCAGAAUAUGAUCACGAUUACUACGACCUAACAAAAAGUGAGAUGGUCGCCGAGUCAGCUCACACUGAUCUGCAGCUACCAGGUUUUGUUCCCAGCUCAGCCAACCAGAGAAGCUCUGGGCCUCAGGUGACCACGCCCACAGACGUCCAGUCCGAUGAACGAGGAAGGAAAGAUUCAGACGUGUUGGCUACGCUGGCAAACAAUCGAGUCUCCAGUCCUGACGGCCCCUGGGUGAAAAUGCCUCAUGGUUGUGACAAAAACAGCAUCAACACAAUCCCCCAGCAUCCCUCUCUCCAACAGGAACAGGUCAAAGAGACGAUGCUAGCAGAUGCUAAGCUAACAGAGCCUGCAGAGGAACGAGGAAACACUGAGGAUGUUCUCCACACUGACUCUUCUGUACGUGGUGCAGCUGACGGAGAAUCCUCAGGAAGUACUGAUGUAAAACAGAGUAAUAACGUCUGUAAGACAAGCAGCCCGACGAAGCUCCGCUCCCCCGAGAAGCCCGUCCUCCCAAAGAAGCCUGAUCUUUGCAUCCUGGGUCUCAUGGCGUCUCCUGAAGCGCGGCGAGGACCAGGUGGCUGGACGAGCAGUGGACAAAUCACAUCGCCUCUCUCUGGGCUCAACGACCAAUCACAGCCUCCCUCUGAUCCCUCCUGCAUAAACUCGCACACACAUCUGACCCCUGGUUCGCCGUCAUUAAAGCACCUAACGUGCUCCGCUGUCGACAAACCUCCUGACAAAUCACCUGCUGACAUCACCACACUCUCACCUGCCAGCUCCCCUCAGAGGCAGAAGCCACCAAUUCUGCACAAGAAGCCAGAUCUCUCCCUGACUUCACCCAGAAGAACAAAACUGGAGGCACCCAAAGGCUCCUCUGGGACCUGCAGCACCCUGGAGAUCGCAGGUGUUGCAGAGAGUCUGAGCACCACAGGGACCAGCACCUCGAGGACCAACGGGACCGCGGUUACCCUGGAGGACCGUGGCGCCUCAGGAGCGCCGGGCAACGUGGAGAAUAGCAUCUAUGGGACCUGUGGCCCCCCAGGAAUCAUGGGUAUCACACAGGCCUGGAGUAUCACUGGGACCAUGAGCACCUUGGAGAGCUGUGGUAUCCCAGGAACGUGGGGAACCUCGGAGACGUCGAGCGCCAUCGGGAACUCGUGGGCUCACGGACCGGCUUCUACCCGAACAGGUGGCACCCAGACUGGAGCGACGGACCCGCACUGUGCUGGGGUCAUCGCACUCCAGAGAGACGAUGAGAAAAUGUUUCACAACAGGAUGAUGAGGUCAUCGCUAGCUGGAGACGAGGAGGAAGCGGUGAAAGAACGAGGGAUAAAGACGGCGAUGAUGAUGAUGAUGACAUCUACCUCAAAGAAAAAAGACAAAGCAAAGAAGAGGAGGAAGAGGAGGCCGGGCAGACAGCUGCUCAUGAUGUCAUCAACAAUGGCGCCCUCCCCCUCCUCGUCGUCGUCGUCAUCAUCUUCAUCCUCAUCUGGGGAUGAGCGAGACGUGGUGAGAGAGAGAACGAUGCAAACGAGCGAGAGAGUGAGAAUGAUGAAAGUGUAUGAGCAAGAGACGAGCGACUCUGAGAGCUCCUGCGCUCUGAUUGGUCAGAGCAGGUACUCCCUCAGCAGUGCACUGUCCACUGACAGCCUGCGGGGGGAGCUGUCGCUUCCAGACCUCCUGAUACGGGAACCAGAGGAGUGCGAAGAGGAGGAGAGGACCGAGGAGGGGGCGAAGGAGGUCGGGCGAGCUCCGGAUGCUGAUCUGUUUGUGAGUGUGUCGGCAGAUCAGAUGUUCGUCUCCGGUCGACCGCGGACCACAGAGGAUCUAUUCGCCGUCAUCCACAGGUCCAAGAGGAAGAUGCUAGGAAGAAGGGAUGCAGAAGAUGAUGGACAUCGCAUCUCGUCUUCGUCGUCCUCCUCCUCUCCCCCGUUGACUCCCACUGACCCCCUCCCCCGCCCAGCGCGACCUGCAGCCCUCAGAAGUCAAAGGUCAGCGAGGAGUGAGAGCUUCAAGGCGCUCCUGCUGAGGAAGGGAAGUCGGUCUGAUUCGUCAUCGAGAAUCUCGGCUGUUGAGCGGCUUCGCAAAGUUGCUUCUCCCACGACCUCGAGCGACCUCCAGGGAGCGCCGUCACUGCCGAGACCACCGGACCAACACCAAGUCAAAGCCACAAGCUCGUCCCUUACCUCAGAUACACAUGACAUCAAUGCCCACCUGACCCUGGACAUACCAGCGUCUCCCACGUCUCCGUACAGUCAGGACUUAUCUAUGAUGUUGGGUUUGAGACAAAGGGAUCUGACACAUAAUGGCCUCCUCUUCACAGCCUCCUCCUCCUCCUCCCCUUUCUUCUUCCUCUCCUCCUCCUCCAUGCGACCUCGCUCCCUCACUCCUCCCUGCUCGGGCAGCCGGCGCUUUGCCGCUCGCUGCCGCUUCUUCGCGGCCCCCAUGACCGCCAUCUUUGAGGGGGACAGUGAGGAGGAAGAGGAAGACGACGAGGUGUUCGCCAAGUCGUCGCCAGGAAACCUUCCAGGAGCCGACGGAGAGCUGAGCCAGAGGUUGGUCGAGAUCUCUUGAUGGAAAAGGUUUAUAGAUGCAGCUGCAGCGUGGACGGACAAAUGUACCUGAACGUGACGAUGUC